CAGCGCAACAUUUUCAUUGCAAAUCGAAAUCAGCAACGACAUAUCUCUUCAACGAGAGCCUUCCCGCUUUGCAAAUCGUCCAUCAUGCCCUGGUGCACCGCCCCCGAGUGGUGGGAGCACGUGAGGCCCAAGCGAAAGGAAGCCAUACCCCUCAGCAUUUGUGUCGCGUUCGUGUUCGUCGAGACGAUCCUCCAGGCCACAGUGCUGCACGCAAAGCAUGUGCGCGUACAAGCUGACCUGGCCGCGGCCGCGGCGGCGAGAGCCUCUCAAACCGCGGCUCCCCUGGUGAUGCCUGAAGUUUCGCCCACCUUCCUGCCUACAGUCGCCCCAGGGCCAGCAGAGGCUGCAGGCUUCCUCGCCGUCACACUUGCAGAGCCAGCAGACGGGUUGACAGCAGCCGUCUCCGGCGUCUCGAUGCCCACAGCGGAACCCAUCGCAGAAAGUAUCGCAGUCGACAUCGCAGAAACUAUCGCCACAGGCGCCCCGGUCAGACGGCUGCAGGAGGAGGACACACACCAUGAAUACGGUGAAGUAGAGGGGUACAGGACUGCGGCAGUGCUAGCCUUCUGCGGUGAGCGAGACACGGCAGCUGAUGUGAGACAUUCUCUGACGUGUCUCUUGUGUUGAUCACCCGUGGCAGUGCUGACGAUCCUCCUGAUCAUGGCCUACGAGACGGGAUAUGACAUGCUCCAACGAUUCAUCGGAAGGCGCGGAAACAAGUGAGCAAGCAAUCAGGGAGGGAGACAUGUCGUCUAAUCUUGUGUCUCGACCUCUCCUCUCCCUGUUGUGACGUGACAGGCAUCACCUGCAGAUGCUGUUUGCACUCACGCGGGAGCUGACGAUUCUAGGCUUCAUCGGACUUGUCUUCUUCACCUUGACCAAACUAGGAGUCCUGCACGAGGUACGUGAGGCGACAGGUCAGGUCACACAGAUGGGGAGAGAGACGUCCGUGUGUGUUAAUCUGCAGAUAAGUAGCGUUGUGUUUGGGAAGACACCGAUGGAGGAGGCCUGGGAGCAGCUGGAGGGGCAAGGCAUCGAAGGUGAGAGAGAGAGAGGCCUGCACCCACAACUCGAGCCAAGCAUCCUUAUGUCUCUCCAUGCCCAGUAGACCGACCAUCGAGCGUCGUGGCGGAGCUCUUCGAAGGUGUUCACCUCCUCAUCUUUGUCAUCAUGGUCGUUUUCCUCUUCUUCGUCGGCUUGCUCAUUUACGUACGGAGAACGAUAUGAGUCCCAGCUCGAGUCGCUCCAUCGCAUCCAUUAUGUGGGUACCUGUGGUGUGGUGUCCUCCACCUGGCAGAUUGUCGGGUUCGUGGCUUCCGAGUGGAGAGAGGGCGAGACCCUCAACCGACCGGCCAUCAAACGCAAACUCUGCCAGCUCGACAAGACCCAUAGCUGGUGUGUCCGCCCGUGGGCGAAACAGGCCCUCUUGCAAGACUAUCGGUGUGUUGGAAUCCAUCAAGCCUCUAGCCUCCCUCCGCUCGAUUGGUGCUGCUUUCCUACAGAUACCGGCUACUUCGUGAAGAGUUCUUCGAGCCCCUCGUGGGCUACCGUCCUCCAUACAUCAACAGGACCUCGUUCCCCUUCCACCUGUACCUCUCCAACUGCCUGGUGAGAGAGCCAGGUCAUCCCAUGGUUGCGCACAGAAGAGCGACCGAUUGAUAAUGUGUCGUGUCUCAGGCGGCAAGCAUGGCUAACCUCAUCGAGCUUCCGCGCUCCUCUCUCUUCAUUCUUCUCCUGCUGGUCGUUGCCCUCUACCCAGCCCUUACUCUACGGGGCUUCAACCUGGUCAUUUUCUUCCUCAUCGUGGCCUGGGUGAUGGUCGGCGCUGCGCUGGUCCUUGCCUUCAAAACCAAUCAAAUCUUCAAUUACCUCCUGCCGUCGGACGACGAGCUUCUCAACAACCCUGACAAGUGGAUCAAAGGUAUAUACCUUGGCUCUCUUCAUCGAUCGACCUUUCCACCCACUGAUCCCUUGGCUUGCCUCGAUUGCUCAGAGAACAAGGAUGUGAUUCUGGAGACUGAAACGGCGCCGGAUGGCGAGCCUUCUCCCACCCGCAGGGCCCCAGGGCAGACCAAGGGAGACAAAGAGCUGAAGGCGGUCAAGAUCAGUCCUGGCGCAUUGACCGGCACACCGAGGCCCGCAGGAGACACGGCACGCACCACCAGUCGCCAAAGGACUCAGAUCGGCCUACAGCCAGAGGUGCACAACCAUCUCAGGCACCUCGCACAGUCGUCGAUUGCCUCCGUGUCUUCCUUACCUUCAAUAUGUACAGCUGCUGGAAAAGCUUCGUUCGGGUCAUCCCUCUGCGACAGGCAAGGUGCCUGCGAGCACCCGCGAUGACGCCAACGCUCCUUUGCUGAAAGAGGCUGACCUGGAGGCAGGUGGCCUCGGUGAGCAGAAGGGUGUGGCGCGUCUCUACCAGAACAGCAUCAUCAUCAUCGAAAGUGCCUUCCUGCGAGCCAUCUGCCGAUUCUUCUGCGGUAGGGGCACACAGAAGGCGUGUGCGAGCGGGACUGCCAUCCUUUUGUGUCCAUUGCCACAGGUACUGACGCCCCGAACGCUCACGAGAAUCUGUUUUGGUUCUGGAAGAAUGGUAUGACAUAGGUUGGAGGCGAGAAGGAGGAUGUGGGUGAUGUGAUAAUGCUUGAGUGGUUGCAGGUCCGCAGCUCAUGUGGGGCCUGCUGCAGUUUGAAGUAUUCCUCACAGCCAUCUACUUCUCUCUCUACUUCCGGUGAGUGAAUGAGCCGAUGUGAUGGACGGACACUUCUUUGCCCUGACACCAUACACUUGCACCAAUGGCGAUGACUGCAGGGUAUUCGUUGGCUGGUAUCCCGAGAUCUGGCAGCAAUACUACUGGGCGUUCUUCCUCACCUUGCGUAAGAUAAGACCACACGCGACGUCAGUCAGAGCUCUCUGCCACGAUCGAUGCAAUGCACCUAUAUGUGUGCUGUGCUUCCUCUCCUUUUCAGUCCCUUUCGUCUAUUUCUACGUCUUCGUGCUCCCGUCGCUGACCCGCAGGCUUACCGUGAUAUGCAAUUGCGGGCUGUUCUGCAACGAAGAGGUCAGCGGACAUGAGUCCUCAGCACACGAGUCGAGUGGACCCUGAGACCGAUCCGUGGGUGUUCGUUCAUGUGUGCAGAUAAUGAUCGAGACAUACGAGGAAGCAAGGAGCCAAACGCUCAAGGCAUGGCGAAAGCGACACCUCGACGACGCAAUCCGUCGACUUUUCUGCAUAUGUCAUUCCUUCUGUCUGUGGAUCUGCAGAAUAGUCUGGCUCUGCUCUCUUCUGUGAAGAUGGACGCGUAUUGCGAAUAUUUGCGUUUCCUGUCGAAGGACGAACUCCAGAAACUAUACUCCGUACGACGCCAGCCCUCACGAUGACUGCAGUCAGUCGAUCAAUCAUCCUUGCUGUGUGCGUCUCUCUCUUGUCAGGCCUGUGAGUCCAUCUACACGUAUGGUUUCUCCAAGGCGGAACAGAAGUACAUCGAAGACGGUAUGCAUACCGUCGACUUGCCGAGAAAAAGACCUCCGCGAGCAUCAUACCAUCCGUUUUCCCUCCCUGCCUCCCUACAUGUCCACUUAUCAGUCUUCAAGGCUUACGACCUGAAUGGGUCGGGGAAGAUCGAAAAGGACGAGCUGCGGCGAAUGUUAAUGGUGAGUGUGACGGCACCCAGACACUCUGUCGUUGGCAAUGCCCUGUGUCUCUCUGUCGCCUCAGGCUCACGGCCGCGAGUAUGACCGAGCUCAGGAGAUCGCAGAUAGCUUCUUCCAAUGCUUUGACAGGGUGAGCACCGAAGAAGAAGCCGAGAGCACCGAAGAAGAAGGCAGGCCGCACGCAGCCAGUGUUGCAACAUGGGCGCUCUCGGUCUUGUCCGCUCAGGAUGAAUCGGAACAACUCGAUAAGGUUGAGUUCCUUUGCAUCAUGGUUGUCCUCCAUCUGAUGCAGUACGGUGGACUCGACACGGUGGUCGGGGUGGCUACGCAGAGUAAGUCAACAGCUCAGCGCAAGAAGCAACCGUGACAUUGCCCUGAAUUGUCUGUGUAGAGUAUUUGCAUGCCCCUCAAAUGAGCGAACUGCUCGCGACCUACCUGGACAAAUCGCAAGACGGCAACAUCACUCUUGAGGUCAGCACGUUGCCAGAGGGCGCGUUGGGUAGGGGCCUCAUAUGCAUCUCGUGUGGCCACUGCGUGCUCGCAGGAGUUCAAGGAAACGAUCGGCAAGUCGGGUGUGGAAAUGACACGGUGGCAGACACAGGCGAUUCUCAGGUGAGACAGGGCAUUUCAUUUCCGCUUCUGAGUGGAGAAAAUGAUGUAUGCUCCGUUGCUUGUUUAGGGCGAUGGCCCCUGGCAGUGACGAUGGACAACAGGACAUCACGGAGGUGACGGUGGAGGCAUUCAUCACAUCAAUGCAGGACAUCGAAAAGGUAGGUGAAUCCCACAAGACGUGCAGUGCAGCAACACUCUUUCUCCCUGUCCAUGUCUCUCGCUCCCCCCCACUGAAUGAAUGCAGCAAUUGCUGUACGACGACCACACCGAGCCUGCCUCCCGACACAAAUCGAUGCCCAGCGGCAGCUCCCUCAAGAGCUCACCCGGGCGGAGCUCACCCGGGCGCGAGGCCAAGAAAAAGGGCCUGGAGGGAUUCAUCAGUGACGCGGUGUGAAGGAACAAACGGACAAACGGACGACCGACCUAUCCAUCCCUCCCAGACAGACACUACCAAAAAUAGCUCAUCUCCUUGCCUCGUCUGACGGACACAUUCUGCAUUCGCGACAUGACAUGAUCGAUGCGUGGAUGUAUUCAUGCAAUCAAUCAAUGUAUGUGGA